CAUUGGCGGCGUCGGCGGCUGCCGGGAGGCUGAGGUGGCUGAGGCGGCCGCUGAGGCUGAGGCUGAGGCGGCGGGCGCGGCCAGGAUGGCGAAGAGCCGCGGAGAGAACGGGCCUCGCGCGCCCGCGGCGGGGGGAAGCCUGUCGGGGACCCGGGAGAGCCUGGCCCCGGGCCCCGACGCUGUGGCUGCCGACGAGCUCAGUUCUCUGGGCUCCGACUCGGAGGCCAACGGCUUCGCGGAGCGUCGCAUCGACAAGUUCGGCUUCAUCGUGGGCUCGCAGGGCGCCGAGGGCGCGCUGGAGGAAGUCCCUCUGGAGGUGCUGAGGCAGAGGGAGUCCAAGUGGCUGGAUAUGCUCAACAACUGGGACAAAUGGAUGGCCAAGAAGCACAAAAAGAUCCGUCUGCGGUGUCAGAAGGGCAUCCCGCCUUCUUUGCGGGGCCGUGCGUGGCAGUACCUGUCAGGAGGCAAGGUGAAGCUCCAGCAAAACCCGGGGAAGUUUGACGAGCUGGACAUGUCCCCUGGGGACCCCAAGUGGCUAGACGUCAUCGAGCGUGACUUGCACCGGCAGUUCCCAUUCCACGAGAUGUUUGUGUCUCGGGGUGGGCAUGGCCAGCAGGACCUGUUUCGGGUGCUGAAGGCCUACACGCUGUACCGACCUGAGGAGGGCUACUGCCAGGCACAGGCGCCCAUUGCUGCUGUUCUGCUCAUGCACAUGCCUGCUGAGCAAGCCUUCUGGUGCCUCGUGCAGAUCUGUGAGAAAUACCUGCCUGGCUACUACAGUGAGAAACUGGAGGCCAUCCAGCUAGAUGGGGAGAUCCUUUUCUCCCUGCUGCACAGAGUGUCACCCGUAGCCCACAAGCACCUGAGCCGGCAGAAGAUCGAUCCCCUGCUUUACAUGACGGAGUGGUUCAUGUGCGCCUUUGCCCGCACCCUGCCUUGGAGCUCCGUGCUGCGCGUCUGGGACAUGUUCUUCUGUGAAGGCGUCAAGAUCAUCUUCCGGGUGGGGUUGGUACUGCUGAAGCACGCGCUGGGCUCCCCCGAGAAGCUCAAAGCCUGCCAGGGCCAGUAUGAGACCAUCGAGCGGCUGCGGAGCCUCAGCCCCAAGAUCAUGCAGGAGGCCUUCCUGGUCCAGGAGGUGGUGGAGUUGCCAGUGACAGAGCGCCAGAUCGAGCGUGAGCACCUUAUCCAGCUGCGGCGCUGGCAGGAGACUCGGGGAGAGCUUCAGUGCCACUCCCCACCACGGCUGCAUGGGGCCAAGGCUAUCCUGGAGGCGGAGCCAGGGCCCUGGGCAGCCUUGCAGCCUUCACCAUCCAUUCGCCUGCCCCCAGAUGCCGCCCCCCUUCCUGACUCCAAAGCCAGGCCCAAGUCGUCCAAGCAGAUCCAGAAGGAGCAGCGGAAGCAAGCGAAGGCAAGCGGGCAGCUGGACCAGGCCCCCCCAACAGGCCCCGCCGAGGUAGUGGCUGCUGCAGGAGAUGCAUGCCCCUCACGGGACAUACCUCCAAAGGACCUGGCCCCCCAGAACUCAGCCCACCACCUCUCCCAUGAGAGCCUGACGUCCCAGGAGAGUGAGGACACCUAUUUGUAA